ACUGCGUGCAGUCAAACGUGUCAACACGCAGGUGAUGAUACCGGGGAAGACAAUUACUGCGACUCAGACAAUGGUACUUGUGUUGAAGAUUGCGUGCCGGGAUACUGGGGAGAGAACUGUACACGUAGCUGUGGAGCAGGCUGUGAUGGCGGUACAUGCAGCAAGAAUAGCGCGACGUGUCAGUGCCUGUCAGGCUGGAAUAGUCCUUUGUGUCAAAAUUGCUCCGCCGGUCACUACAACGUGUCUAACAACUGUCAAAACACCUGUGGUGAAGGAUGUCAUGACACAUGCAGCAAAACUGACGGGACAUGUCAGUGUCGGCCAGGAUGGCAGCCUCCUCUGUGUCAAAAUUGCUCAGACGGUCGCUACAACAUGUCCAACAACUGUCAAAACACCUGUGGUAGAGGAUGUCAUGACACGUGCAACAUUACUGAUGGGACAUGUCAGUGUCGGCCAGGAUGGCAGCCUCCUCUUUGCCACCGUUGCUCAGACGAUCAUUACAACGUGUCUAACGACUGUCAAAACACCUGUGGUAGAGGAUGUCAUGACACGUGUAGCAGGACUGACGGGACAUGUCAGUGUCAGCCAGGAUGGCAGCCUCCUCUGUGUCAACGGUGUGCUGACGGCUGGUUCGGGUCUGAGUGUACAGAGUGCGGCCACUGCGCCAACAACAGCGUCUGUGACAAGAAGACCGGCGUCUGUCCCUUUUGUGAUGGAGACUUUGUUGCCCCCCUGUGUGUAGAUGAAAAGAUGCCACAUUAUGGUGACAAGGAGACUGUGAGUUUGGCGGGUCCUGUGGCUGGUGCAGCAGUUGGCUGUAGUAUUGUCUUUCUUAUUACAGGAAUCCUCAUUGGUCUUUUUCUGAGAAGAUCAAGAUCCAAACAAACCACCGAACAUCUCAGCUCAGCUAAUGAAACCUCCUCUACAGCAGAACGACCAGGCUCUACAUCUGUGAAAGACACAUCGGACUACAGCAACAACGUCUAUGACGCACUCGACCCUCGUGACGAAAACAUCGCCCCCUACUCUUCUCUCUACAUCCAGACUAGCAGCAAGGGAACCUAGAGGCCUGCUUCCUACCUCAAUACGAGUCCAGUGAAACAAAUAAUUUAAGUUCGACUUAGAAGCAGUUUCUGUUAAAUAUUCAAUAAUUUGUAAAUAUAAACAAGAGUAUACACGCCACCCAUUUUCGCUGGAGAGUUGCACAUGACUAGCCUUCCAGAUUCGUAAUGAACUGACUGGAACAGUUGACACACUUCAUUUUUACCUUACAGUUAUAGUUUACUGCGGAGUAAACAUGUUGUUUUCCUUACAUGUAUCUAACAGUUUACUGUCAUUUACAAACACCGAAAGAGCUGAGCGGAAUCAUGAGAUUCUUGAAUAAAUUUGCUUUAGUACAUGUACCUGAUGAUACUGAUGAUGACGACAAUAAUGAUGACGACAAUGAUGCUGAUGAUGACGAUGGAGAUGAUGAUGACUACUAGUACUAAUAAUGAGUAAUCUUGAGAAUAUGA